CUAAACGCGGCGCCCGGUCCUCUGCGCUGCACACGCGAAGCGGGCAGUGAGGAGGAAAGACUCGUUUAUCAGAGCCACCAGGCAGCGAGUGCACCUGGGAUUACCGGUGUCACGUAGAUUUGUGUGGAUCGUUCACCAAGCCGCACUGCAACUUCUGUGUGCUUUUGGUCAACAUAAAGGAAACUAAGCAGGUUGUCUUCGACUGUCUUCCUCCAGUCUGCCGCUGUUAUCUUUGAAGUAGGUGUGAACGCCAUGCACCUAUAAAGACAAGCAUCUGAAGAAUUCACCACCUUGUCACUAACAAGGAGAGAAGAUUCUGUUGCCAUGGGGAACCAGUUGACAGAGAUUGCCCCCAAUACACCUUUUUUGCCAAACUUCCAGUCUCUCCACGUGGUCGUCAUUGGCCUUGACUCUGCUGGAAAGACCUCUCUGUUGUACCGACUAAAGCUGCGCGAGUUUGUCAAAACCAUCCCCACCAAGGGCUUCAAUACGGAGAAGAUCAAAGUGGCGGUGGGAGGCUCCCGCGCCAUCACAUUCCAGGUGUGGGAUGUCGGUGGCCAGGAGAAGCUCCGACCCCUGUGGAAGUCAUACACCCGGCGCACCGAUGGCAUCGUCUACGUAGUGGACUCCACCGAAUCGGAGCGCAUGGAGGAGGCUAAGGUGGAGCUGCACAAGAUCUCCCGUACGUCUGAGAACCAGGGCGUGCCUGUGCUCGUACUGGCCAACAAACAGGACUUGUCCUCUGCCAUGUCCGUGACAGAGGUAGAGAAGGUGCUGGCUCUCCAUGAGCUGAGUGCCUCCACUUUGCACCACGCGCAAGGCUGUAGUGCCGUCGAUGGCCAGGGCCUCCAAUCUGGUCUGGAAAAACUGUAUGAGAUGAUCCUGAAGCGAAAGAAGAUGGUCCGGCACAGCCGAAAAAAGAGAUGAGCCUCUUCCCGCCAAGCAGUGUAUGGACGUCUUUGGGCCCACGCCUGGGUUCAGGGAGUGAAUUUGUGACUGCUCUCUCAACGAAGGAACACUUUCUGAGAGGACCAUAAGAGAUGGAUCUGUCAUUUACAUGACAUACAGUAUUAAACUGCUUUCUUCCAUAGCUCUUGUUUGCUCUGCAGCUGCUAUAUCCAAGGAAUAUGUGACUUCUGUCAUAAGCUGUAGCAUCAAAAGAUUUUAGUCCGGGCCUCUGUGAACACUGGUAUACCUUUUCUUAUUUUUCUUAGGACCAAACAGCUGCAUCGAGGCUCAUAGCUUGGCAAGGUGAUGAUUUUACAGAAUCACAAUUAACAGAAGCUCAAAUUGAGACUCUUUGCAAAGAAGACGCUGCUCAAUAGCUGUGGGACGUUUGCCAGUGUAAAAGGGGCCCUCUUUAUGUUGUGUCAGCCACCAUAGAAAGUGCUUUUGGUCGUUGAGGUGUGGGUUGCAGAUGGUGGUCAAUGGGACUCUUAUCUGUAGUUGUGAAAGCAGACCGUUUUUACAAUAUGUAUAUUUUUUUUUGUAAUGCAUAUGAAUUAAUAAAUUAUUGAAGACUUUGACAUGA